AUGAUUUAUGAAUAAUAGAAAACUUCUUAGAGUUUUGAGAUCUUUCUAGAAAAUGCAAUUAGAAUAGAUCAAUAAAUAUAUAUGGAAGACACAUUAUAAGCAUUAGGUUAAACAAUAUCUUUAGCCAACUUAAAAGGUAAUUUAUAUCCAUUUGGAUCAUUUUGUAAUGGAUUUCAAGGGACUAAUAGUGAUUUAGAUUGUGUGUUUAUAACAGAUUCAGAUAGAGAUGUUUAAACGAUUUUAAGAAAUCUUCGGUCUGCUGUGAAAUAAUACAAUAAAAUAAAAUAGACACCUUAAUUAAGGUUUGUUGAUUUGAUUUUAUAUGCAAAAGUAAAUAACUUAAUUUAUAGUAAGGUACCAUUAAUUAAGAUCCUAGACAUUACUAAUAAUGUAGCUAUUGACUUAAGUAUUAAUAAUAUAAAUGGAGUAUUAAAUUCUAAGCUUUUAAAUGAAUAUUCUUAAAUGCAUCCUAAAAUUCAAUAGUUAGGAUAAUUAUUAAAAUUAUGGGGAAAAAAUUAACGUCUUAUAGUAACUGGGUAAUUAACAUCUUAUGCCAUUUUAUUAACAAUGAUCCAUUUUCUAUAAUGUAAAUACGAUGUGCCAUACUUAUCAGAUAUUAACCUUACUAAUGAAUAGUUAUCAGCCUUAGAAAAUUUUGGUGUUCAGCCAUUCUUUAAUUUAGGAGUCAAACCUAAUUUGGAAAGACUUUCAAAUACAACACUAUAAUAAUUAUUAUUUGAGUACUUUUAAUAUUAUGAACCAAAUGGAGAAUUUGAAAAGAAAUAAAUUUGUGUUUCUAUUCAUUCUUUUUAAAGACCUCACAAAGAUAAUAAGAAAAGAACACUAAAAAUUAUUGAUCCUAUUGAUCCAAGAAUUGAUCCAAGUAAAAAUAUCAAAAGUAGAUGUUAUCGAAUACAAUAACAUUUUUUAAGAGCCAAAGAAUUGAUAUCAAAUCAUUAAAAUCAAUUUCUAUAUCAAUAAUAGGCUGUUAAAAAUGGAAAUAAUCGAUAAGGAUAUUAAUAUUAUGACAAAAGGGAAAAAUAAUAUAAGAAAAAAUAAUUUAGAAAAAGACUUUAAUGA